AUGAAGUUAAAUAAAUUUUGGGAGGAACAGGUUAUUGCUGCUGAACAGUUUGAUUCUGAUUAUAAAGUCCAUCCAUUACCGCUGGCGCGUAUCAAAAAGGUCAUGAAAUCUGAUCCUGAGGUUAAGAUGAUUUCAGCGGAAGCACCUAUACUGUUUUCAAAAGCGUGCGAGAUUUUCAUUUGUGAAAUCACACGGCGUGCUUGGAUGCAUGCGGAAGAAAACAAGAGAAGGACAUUACAGAGGAGCGACGUCGCCAGCGCGGUCUCACGGUCAGAUCAAUUCGACUUUUUAAUUGAUAUUGUCCUCGAGAGGAACCACCUAAAACAAAAAGAUCAUCCGCGCGCGAGGAUCCUGCACCCAACGCUGAAACUAUGAUGAUCAAUACAGUCAGUAUUACGCUCAAAGCGCAGGAGGAUUGGCAGGAUAUGCUCAUGCGAUCGACGGUGCCUCAAUCUACCAGUCAUGUCCCCAGAGCAGUUUCAACAGUACGUUCAGUACCAGCAACAGCAGGCUGCAGCUGCACAAUCAUAUCAUUCUCAACAACAACAGCAACAACAACAUCAGCCACCAGCUCUCGUGGGGGAUCAGUUGGUUACACAGCACAAGAGUAACGACACUCUUUAUUGCACUCUUGAAACGGUUCAUUAGCUGAACUAAACCAACUUCAUUAUACUUUUCAUUCAUUGUCAUUUUGGUUAUUCUCUACUCUAAACCCAUGAACAAUAAAGUAGAGUACCUACCCGUUAUACCUGAAGACUUGCUCUAGACGAAUGCACCAUCUCCUUAUUUGCAAACUGAUAGGUUUUAUAAAAAAAAAUACAUGUCAUAAACGCUCAUUAAAC